AUGACAUUGACUUUAUAUACUGCUCCUACAGGUAAUGGUCGUAAACCAUUAGUAUUAAUUAAAUUAUUAAAUAUUCCUCAUGAAAUCCAUUUAUUUUCAUGGCCAACUAAAGAGAUCAAACAAGAUUGGUAUUUAAAAUUAAAUCCUCAAGGUUUAAUCCCUACUUUGGUUGAUAAUGAAUUGAUUUUACCAGAAAGUAAUGCUAUUUUACAAUAUCUUGCCGAAACUUAUGAUAAACAAGGUAAAUAUAGUUAUAAAUUACAAAAUAAUCCGUUAGAAUAUUGGCAACAACAAAAAUGGUUAUUUUAUCAAGCUACUCAAUUUGCUGGUACUUUAUCUAGAUUUCAUACUUAUAUUGGGAUUAAAGCUAAUGAUGAAAAAGUUUGGGAAAAUAUUUUACAAUCAUUUGAGAAUACUUAUAAAGUAGUAGAUCAAGUUCUUGGCCAGAAUGAAUGGUUUGUGGGUGAUAAAUUCACUAUAGUAGACAUUGCCUUUGGUGUUGGUAAUCAUAGAAGAAUUGAAGGUGUUGAACGUUUUGGAUUAGAUAAAUAUUUCCAAGAUUAUGAUACUAAAUAUCCUAAUGUUGCUAAAUGGUAUAAGAAAUUUUUAGAAGUUGAAGGUGUCAAAGAAGCUCUUGCUUUAAAGUAA